AAUAUCUUGAAAUUCAUUGUUUCUUAUAUUUUGUCUGAUUUUUUAGUUGGUGAGCUAGGAGGAUAAACCCAGUCCCUGUUACACCAUUUUGGUUGGAAGCAGAAAUCUUCCUAUUAUCCCUCGAAGAAUAAUGUAAGCGGUACAUGUUCAUGGUACGACAUGGUAUUUAACAUAUGUACCUGAAUCACUUUGUUGUACACCAGAAAUUAACACAUUGUAAAUCAAAUAUAGUUCGACAACAACAAAAUAUUUAAUAGUCUAAAAAAAAAAAUUUUGACUCCACAACACCUCGCAGUGAAACAUUUAGACGGUGUCAGAGGAGGGCCUGGGGCUCAGGCUUUGUCGGUGUAGCCCAAGCUCUUAUAGCACUAAACGGGACGUUAUUUCUCGAGGCCAAAAGCCUGUAAGCAUCUCCGCGUGUGAGGCGUCUGGAAGUAAUCGCAUAGGAUACCGAGGGCGCGGUGGAGGCGCGCAGCCCCUCGAAGGCCCCGCCGUUGCCGGAAGCCCUCGCCCCUCUCCCCGCGCGCGUGGGAUGGGCGGCUCCCGCCCGCGGCGUCUGACGUAGGACGUCGGCGUCGUGACGUGGCAUCAACGGCCGUCCGGCGGCUGGCGUCUUAUCCUCGCUGCGGCCGCCCGGGGACGCUGAAGCCCGGCGUUUUCUGGCGGCACAAAUGUCCGUUUGUAAAGCAGCAGGGCUGGAGUCUGCAGGAUUUGCAGGCUUCCGUCUUGAAGGAAGUCUGGGAGGCUCAGAAUUUCCAGCGUUUUCACCUUAGAGCCAGCCUCGCCAGGGCCAAACCACCCAGUAGCCUGACUGCCAGCAGCCUCGGCAGGGAGGAAUAAAAUUUUUUCAUCUAUAAUUCAGAAGCUAAGUAAAUAACAAAAUGAAGCCAGUAAAGCAUCUGUUGGCAUCUAGUAGUAAAUUGGCAAAUGUUCCAGAAUUAACAUAUAAAAAAGGAGUAUUUAAUUCACCAUUGUCACCUAAACCAAAGGAAAAACGUAGUGCAAAAUUAGUACGUGAUAAACUUGAACCAGUGGUCUUAAGAUCUCCACCAACAGGGGAAUCCAUCAUAAGGUAUGCUUUGCCCAUUCCAUCAAGUAAGACAAAGGAGUUAAUAGCAGAAGAUGAAUUGAUCAGGAAAAUUACCAAACAUCUGAAGAUGGUUGUUUCUACUUUGGAAGAAACCUAUGGAUUUAGCAUUCCAAGUGGAGAAGAACCAGUUGUGAAACCUGAACAUGAAGGAUUAACCUUUCCUGUUGAGAAUGAUCUGAAUUCAUUCUUGGUAUGUUGUUCACAACUUGCAGCUCAGUUAGAAGCAGCAGCUAAGGAAGAACAUAAUAUUUUGGAAUCUCUUUUUAAGUGGUUUCAGCGACAGGUCAAUCAGAUGGAAGAGAUAAGUAAAGAUCAAACUUUUUCAGCAGAGUUUCCAGCACCUGAUAAAACAGUCAGUGUAAGCAUUGCACAAAUAGUAAAGCAGGUGCACAAACUUGAAGAACUGAAAAAUCGCCUUAAAGAAAGGUCUAAAUUCACCUUCAAAGACAUGUCAUCUAAACCCAAGGACAGUGAAAUUCCACCAGAAGAAGUGCAAACUUAUGAAACUGUACAGCAGAAAAUUGAAGAAUUCAUAAAAACACACUCAACUGAAGAAAUUACAGGUGUUUCUGCGACUGAGCCACUAGAAACUUCUACAAUGACUAAUCGAUUGAAUACCAUGUUGAAAAUAUUUGAAAAUCAGGCAAAUAAAUUAAAGAGAGCUAUGAAUGAGCAAGUUUUGUUAGAGGCUAAAAACACACAGAUUCAAAGUGACCUCCAAGUGUUGUCAGAGGAGAAACUGAUGCUGGAAAAUGAACUACAAAAGUUGAAGAGUACAGAGAAAACAAAGGCUACAAGUGAGCGACAAAAGAAAACUAUGAAAAUGGAGAAGAAAAAAGACGAAGGAAUAUCUGAAGAUUCAGAAGAGAAGAAGUCUAUAGUGAAAGAGCUUAAAGUAAAAGAAGAUAUGCCUCAAGUCCAGGAAGUAGCACAUGCUCUGAAAAUUGAGAACAGAGUUCUUCGGGAACAACUGAAACAAGCUUUACAGGAAGCUGAAAGAGCUAAGGAGCAACUUGGCUAUUUCCAAAAUCAAGAAAUGGAGUUACUUAAAAGUGAGGGAAAGACCAAGACAACAGCAGAAAUGGGUAUUGAUAAAAUAAAAGUUAAAGGUGAAGAUUCAAAAUAUAUACCGUUGGAGAAAGACACAAGAAAAACACUAGUGGCAGAUUCAGGUGGACAAAAAGAAAAUGAUAAAAUUAAACAUCCACAGAUCCUCAAGUCUCAAGAUGGAUCACCUUUUUUAAACACUUCAAAUGAAAUUUUAACUGAUGAAGAUCUGUCCCAUCUACUUUCAUCAAAGACCCAUGAUAAAUCACUUACAAGAAUAUUAAUGAGCAAAGAAAUUCAAAAUUCACAGUCUGUUGGAACAUUGCUUCAAGGGAAUGAAACAGCGACACCAUCAUUCAUUUCACCCCCUGUUGUCAAAAUGAAGACUCUGGCUACUGACAUCUCAAAGGCUGAUAUUUUAGAAGAGAAUUUACGAAGUAAGAUUAAAAAACAAACUUACGAAGAAGCAAGAGAAUUUCAAGGUUAUGAUGAAGCAUCAGAUGAAAAGCUUAUGCUUAACCAUCAGGAUUCAGUGUCAAAAAGCCAAACACAAGUAAAGAAACAAAGAACUUUCAAAAGGGAAAGACUCUCUACUCAUGAUAAAGUACCAGAUAAGAAGCUUAUGCAUGAGAAUCAAGAUUCAGUGUCAAAAAUCCAACAGCAAGUAAAGAGAGGAAGAAAUCUCAGAAGGGAAGGACACACUACUCAGUUUGAAGUACCAGAUGGAAAUCUUCUCUAUGAGGAUCAAGACUCAAUAUCAAAAGCACAAAUGCAAGUAAAUACACAGAGAACAUUCAAAGCUCACGAUCAUGUGUCAGAUGAAAAUCUUAUGUUUAAUCAUCAUGACUCAAAGUCAGAAACAGAAAUGCAUGCAGAGAAACAAAAAUCUUCUGGAGAUGAAAGUCUCAUUACUCAUCGUAAAGUACCAGAUGAAAAUCCUGUGCUUGAGCAUGGAGACUCAAUGUCAGAAACUCAGCUGGAAGUAAAGAAACAAAGACCUUCUAAAGGAGAAAGACUCAAUACUCAGGAUGAAGUACCAGAUGGAAAUCGUAUGCUUGAGCAUCAAGAUUCUGUGUCAAAAUCAGAGAUUCAAGUGAAGAAACAAAGCCCUCACAAAGGGGAAAGACAUAUUACUCAUGAUGACACACCAGACAAAAAUCCUGUGCUUAAACAACAAGAGUCAGUGUCAGAACUCCCCAUGCAAGUACAAAAACAAAUAACUUCCAGAGGAGGACAACACAGUAGUCAUAUCGGAGUACUGGGUGAAAACCUUAUGCUUGUAAAUCAAGAUUCAGUGUCAAAACCCCAAAUGCAAGUAGAGAAACAAAUACCUUACAGAAAGGAGAGGAGUCAUAGUUAUUAUGGAGUACCAGAUAAAAAUCCUGUGCUUGUGAAACAAGUUUCAGUUUCAAAACCCCAAUUGCAAGUAAAGAAACAGAUAACUUCCAGACAGGAGAGACGCGAUACAUUUCCUCUUCAAAACGAGAAAAACGAUACGAUAACACUUGAAAAUCUACCUCCUGAGAAGAAAGGUUUUUUUUCAAGAAACCAAUCUCAAACUAAGAACCUUAGAGCUAUCAGACAGGAGAAUCUUGAUACUCAGAAAGCAGAAGACGUAUUACCCGAGGAUGAAGUUGAAUUGUCAAAAAGCCAAUCUCAAACUAAGAAACUUAGAGCUGUCACAAUGAAAGCACUAAAUAAUCAAGAUGCGAAUGAACUCUCAGAUGAGAAUUUUAUGCUUGAAGAUCUAGUACUAGCUAAAGGAUACAAGGAUAAAAUGCAAACAAGUGGAGUUUAUGAGUCUCAAAAAUUGAGAGUUAAAAAUGAAGCAGCCUCAGAACAUCCAGAUACAGCAGAAAAUCUUCCAGCAGUGAAUCCAUCAGUUAAUGACCUAAUAUUUCAAUUAGGUUUAAACAAAGUGGUAGAAAUUGAUCUAGAACACUUGAAAGAUACUGUUGGAAGACGUAUAUUAAUGGCAGAAAUGAAGAUACAACCAAAGAGUGUCCCUGACACUGAUACAGAGAGCUUUCCAGAUGCUAUUGGAAGAGGUAUAAUAAAGGGUGAAAUCAAGACACAAUCCAAGAGUCAUCCUGAGACUGAUAUAGAAUGCAUGAGAGAUACUGUUGGAAGAGAAAAAGCAGUUGGUGAAAUCAAGACACAUCAUCAGAGUCACCCUGAGAGUGACACAGAAAGCUUCCCAAAUGUUGUUGGAAGAAGUAUUAUGAAGGGUGAAUUCAAGACACAACCCAAGAGUCGUCUUGGGACUAAUGUAAAAGGCUUGACAGAUAAAACUAGAAGAGGUGUAAUAAAGGGACAAUUCAAGAUACAAUCAAUGAAUCUCCCUGACCCUGAUACAGAGCGCUUCCCAGAUGCUGUUGGAAAAGGUAUAAUAAAGGGUGAAAUCAAGACACAAUCCAAGAGUUAUCCUGAGACUGAUACAGAACGCAUGAGAGAUACUGUUGGAAGAGAAAAAGCAAUUGAACUCAAGAAACAUCAUAAGAGCCACCCUGGUAUGAGUUUAUUUAAAAACAAAAAUGCAUUCUCAUAUCAAGAAGAUUUCUACACCAGGCACAUUGCACCAAGUAAAUAUAAAACAAAAGUGAUUAAUUUAUCACCCUUUGAUGAUGAAGUCCCAGGCAAGGUCAAUAGAAAGAGUCAACAUGAGGGGCAUCGAAAAAAUUUGACCUUAAACAAAAAGAAAGGUGAACUUGAUACUCUGCCUGCUGAGAUUGCUACAGCUAGAAAACCUAUCUAUAAAGUGCCAUAUACUGCUACCCGAAAAUCUCUACCCCACCCAUACUUUUGAGAAUAAAUUAAUGCUGGGCAAAAUAAAUAACAUGAGCAAAUUCGUCAAGACAGCAAUGAAAUUGCAAGAGUGGAAAUAACACUGCCUUGAGUAGACGCUGCUUAUUGAACAAUAAUGAGAAAGAUCCUCAAUAAACAGGGUAGACCCAGAUCAUGGACG